AAGAAUGGAAGAAAGGGGGCAAUCGGGUAAUUGGAUAGAGCUGGAGCCUGGAGAGCAUCACCCACAACUAGUGAUGCGCCUCUGCUCGGAUAGGGGAGCUCUUGCACGCGUCUUCCCUCACCGCCAGCGUCGGGAUGAGGGUUCUGAGCGCGCUGUCCCAGCCUUCGCCAUGGCCGGCUGCCGCCCUCUCUCCUUCCCACGGGUUCCGUUCCUCCUCCCAUUUUUCGUCGUCGUCUCCCUCUCAUCUUAUCUCAUCUCUGCACAAGAAUUCGCCUUUCUGCCUUCGAGGCCUCGAUCCUAAACCAGUUUUUCCCUCUACCACCCACAGGGACUUCAUCACCAGUGCAAGCAAUGGGCAAGGACCUGCGAAGUUUUAUUCGGCAUUUCCUACAUCUCCUACUCUUGUUGCCUCUGUUGAUGACCUCUUUGAGUUCAUAUGCUCGGGUCCUCUGAUCGAAAAAUUGGGUUUUACUGCUGAGACUGUAGCUGAGUCCAUCGACAGGUGGUUACAGAUUGGUUUUGGCUUGUGUCAGUUGUUCCGGUUGAACGACCUUAAUUUGUCAGCUCCUGAGAAGGCACGAAUAUAUCAUUUCUACGUUCCGGUGUUCCUCUGGUGUGAAGAUCAGAUUUCGCGCCAUAGGUCCAAAUUUAAUGAUGGAGAUGAGAUCCCACCUCUAGUGAUUGGUGUAAGUGCUCCUCAAGGUAGUGGAAAAACAACUCUUGUUUUUGCUCUUGAUCAUCUUUUCCGGCGAUCUGGUAGGAAUGCAGCAACAUUAUCAAUAGACGAUUUUUAUUUGACAGCGGAGGAUCAGGCUAAACUAAGGAGUCAAAAUCCUGGAAAUGCUCUCUUGGAGUUUCGUGGGAAUGCGGGAAGCCAUGACCUGCAGUUCUCAAUUGAUACACUUACAUCUUUAAGCAAGCUGACAAAAAAAGGUAUGAAGAUGAAGCUUCCACGGUAUGAUAAGUCUGCUAAUGGAGGGAGGGGUGAUAGAGCUGACCCUUCAACAUGGCCAGAGGUUGAAGGGCCUAUGGAGGUUGUUUUGUUGGAAGGUUGGAUGCUUGGGUUCAAACCUCUUCCAAAUGAAGUUGUGAAAGCAGUUGAUCCACAGCUUGAAGUGGUAAAUAAAAAUCUUGAAGCCUACUUUGAUGCAUGGGACAAGUUUGUUGGGGCAUGGAUUAUUAUCAAGAUUAAGGAUCCCAACUGUGUAUACCAAUGGCGCUUGCAGGCAGAGGUGGCCAUGAGGGAGGAUGGGAAACCUGGCAUGUCUGAUGAAGAGGUUUUGGAUUUUGUAUCACGGUAUCUGCCGGCAUACAAGGCCUAUCUUCCACCACUCUACUCUGAAGGACCAAAGGGCCUGGAUCCAAAUUGCCUUUUAGUUGUCGAUAUUGAUGAAGAGAGGAAUCCUAUUGCCGAGAAGUAAUCUAUGAUCGGAAGACUCUGUAUGACAUUAGUUUCAUCUUUCAGUGGGUAUUUAAAGAUUAAAUUCUUAUUUUGAUAUUUUUGUGCAUGUUCUUCCGCCUAUGCCGAGAAGUAAUCUAUGAUUGGAAGACUCUGUACAACGUUAGUUUCAUCUUUCAGUGGGUAUUUAAAGAAUAAAUUCUUGUUUUGAUAUUUUUGUACAUGUUCAUCAAAAGAGGGAAUAUGUCAUGUUUAUUCAUUCAA